UCGGAUUAUUUAUUGCUUGAAAUUGAUGCAUUCUUGUUUUAAUCUCGCAAGGUCUCUGAUCUUUUAGGCAUCUGUCAGAAUGGACCUUCAUCGUGUGGCCCUGCUGUGCAACUUUUUCUGCUUUGCGCAGGUUUGGUCCUUGCCAACAAACUGCAUCCUUCGUAAUGACUUACUGAAGAGAUCCUAUACACUGAUAGAGACUGCGGGGGGAUUUUUCCCCGUGCAGUGCCUGAAGGAAAAUGUUGCCAUACCUUUCCCGCAAAAUGCGUUCGAGUCUGACAACACGGAUCAGGUUACUGGGGUUGAAAAAGCUGUUUACCAGACACUUAAAAGUAUUGACGCUUUGUUUGAGAACUACAAUGAUCCAGACCAGUGGGAUGCACAGAAGUGGACUGAGUUUCGAGGCCUCCUGUACCGCCAGAUUGUGGACAGCAAAUGCAUCAUGAGCAAGUCUGAAGCUGCACAGGAUUUCCCCAACAGAGAAGCUUCACUCAAGGUUUACUUCGAGACUUUAUCCUCAACUCUGAAAGAAAAGGAUUUCAGUUUUUGCGCAUGGGAAAUUGUCAGAAAAGAGAUUGUCCACACCCUGAAGUUCAUACUGGAUCACAACCACAACAUCAUGUUAUAAGUUUUAAGAUUUAUAAAUGCGUCCCUAUUUAUUGAUUAUUUAUUAUUUAUUUAUUUAUUUAAUGUUUGUUUUGUCUGUUUAUUCUGUUUCUAAUCGCUG